CAUUCGUUGUCAGUUGUCAUUGCAUCAGCAUUAGGAUCCUGUGGACAAUAGACUCUCUUCUCUUUCAAUAUGAAGGUGACACUGAUCAUGGUCCUGAUGGCCGUCGUUGGCCUCUCCUCUGCCUACUCCCUCGGCGAUGUCUACGAGAAGCUCCAGCGUGUUGAAAGGGACAUGAGCUCCGGGAGCACCGGGACGAGCAUGUCCUUAGAGAAAGUAGAGAAAAGAGACAUCAGCGGGGGGAGCGGAAGUAUGUCCGUGGAGAGAAUAGAGAAACGAGACAUCAGCGGGGGGAGCGGAAGCAUGUCCGUGGAGAGAAUAGAGAAAAGAGACAUCAGUGGAGGAAGCAGUUCCUUGGAAAGCAGGGAGAAGCGUGAUGCCUUCGCUGUCUCUCACGACCUCGAUCUGAGGCGCCUCAGGAGAAGCGCCAGUUCCGGCAGUGGCAGCUACAGCAUUGAGGAUUGAAGAUUCCUCUGAGGAAGGGACGACUACCGCUCGUUGAACAAGGACUCUGAUGUGACGGCGCUGACCUUCGCAUAACGACCUGACCACCAUUUGGCUCUGCUCAUUUCAAUCAGGAUAUUUCCAAGAACAUUCAUAAUCCUUUACAUUAGCUUCAUUAAGACACAAUUGGCAAAACAGUAUUUUGGAUCAUCAUGUAAACAAUAUUGUUUGUUAUCAGUAACUGCAGAGAAAUAAAGUGAUUGGCAAAA